AUGAACAAGUAUGAAGUUUCUUUAUCCAAAUGGAUGCUGCUUAUUUAUUUAUUGGAUACUACACAUUAUUCUCUUAGUGAAAGUACUACCAUUCAAAUUUCUAAUCAAAAACUUAACCGAAUUUACGAACUAAUCGGUAUGGAUAAUGGGAUUCGGACAAGUGAAAAUAAUGACAAUAUGUCUCAAAAAAUAUCGGAUAAUCAGCAAAUGCUUUUUGAUAAAAAUAUUUUUUCAAUAAAACCAACCAAUAUUACAGUACGAGAGCAUGUAAAACAUGUUCGUUUUGAUUGUCAAAUCAAUGAAAAGAUCAAUAUCCUAUCGCACAAAUGGUUAAAAAAUAAAGUAGACAUACAUUUUCACUCAGAUGUUCAACAUCGCUAUCAAAUUUUACAAAAUCGUAGUUUGUAUCUUACACAAAUUAAUCGAAAUGAUGCUGGGAUCUAUACCUGUCAGAUUGUUUUAGAACAUUCAAACAAUUACUAUUAUCAUGUGAAACCACAUUCUGUCGGACAGUACGGAAGUAACCAAAGACCAAUCGAAUACUCAUCUGAAUAUUUACACAGUCAUGCAUCUGGGUAUAACGAAGAACUUGAAAAGGUGAAACGGAAUUUUGAAGCAUCUGCCUGGUUAAAUGUUCAAUACAUUCCAAAUGUUCAAAUCAACCACUCUAUAAAUCCAAUAUACUUGGGUAGAAAUGGUCCAGGACGUAUUCCGUGUAUUGUAGAUGCAACUCCAUCGAUUGAUCUAAUUGAAUGGCGUAAAUUAAUGAAUUCAUCAACAAAAGCACAUUCCAAUGUGAUAAUGAAUUCUUUUCAAAAACAUUCGAAAAGUAAAGGUACAAUUUUACCAGUUGAACAACUUUUAAGAGAUGAAAAUAUCAGUUCGUAUUUCACGAUUUAUUGGUAUGAAUGGGAUGUUGUAAAAGAAAAUGACGCUGGAUUCUAUCAAUGUCGAGCUCGCAAUACAAUUGGAUGGAGUUCAUGGUCGCCAAAUCUACAAGUGAUUGUAAAUGAAUUACCUCGAUUUAUAAGGACGCCAAAUUUAAUUGAAUUCGUAAGGAACAAUAUGCCAUUAAUAUUACCAUGUGAAGCUUAUGGACAACCUAAACCAACAGUUCAAUGGUUUUAUAGUAAAUUAAAUCAACAAAAUAGUAAUUUAUCAAAAUCUGUUAUGGUAAUAAGCUUAAACAAUAACACAUACAAGAUAGCAAUAAAGAAUUCUGUGAUAAGCCGAGAACACGAUCUCACUGGCAACAAAGAAGAUAUCACCCAACAAUCUAACAAUGCUAUUAAUCAUAGUGAUCAAUAUUCAUUUGAAAAUGAUAAGACGACUAAUGAACUACCAAUCUUAAGUGUCAUUUUACCUAGUGGUGUAAAUAAAAUACCAGAUGGAAGUCUGCUAAUCUACACUUGGAAUGCUUCAAAAGUUACCGGACAGUAUUUUUGUAUUGCAAAAAAUUCUAUUGGUUAUAUUAUAACAUCCGUUGAAAUAAAACAAGACCAAUCAAUACAGAUUUUUGAUAAACGUCCUAACAAUAUAAUUUUACAUGUCAAACCUUUAAUACACUCUGCAAUAUUAUCUUGGAAUACAGUUAAACUACCUGCCAUAUUGCAUUCUGAAACUACUGUUGAUUCCAUCAAAAAACAAUGCUAUUAUGUGACAUAUCAUUCACUGGUUCGAUCAGGAGAUGAAUGGAUCGCAACUGUUAUACAACCAGAAUACGCUAGUAAAAUACGAUUACAUGGACUAAUUCCAAAUGAAUUAUAUGCCUUCCGAAUAAGUCAUUGGUGCACACAAUCGAACCAUAAUCAUUCGAGUAGUUCCACUGUACUAACUAGAACUCAGUUACCACUGGAUAACAGUGCUGAAUCAACUUUAAUGAAUAACAAUACCCAAUAUUGGGAGCUCGAACAAGGAAUAGAUUCACCUAAACCACCGUCUCCACAAUCAUUAAAACUACAAAUAAUUCAAACUGAACAAUAUAGUAGCAUUCUCACAUGGGAAGUUCAAGGGAAUCCACAAAUUUCAUUAAUUCAAUCAAAUGUUCAACAAAAACACAAUGAAAAGUCAGAGGAGUCUAUUUCAUAUUUUCAAGUGGAAUUUAUUGUUUGUACACUUCUUAAAACAAACUUAUUGGGAAUUAGUAAUUGUACUGACAGUAAUAAUUAUGUCUAUCAAUGGAAGUCAUUAGCACCAGUACGUUAUCCUAAAUUAACUUUUGAAUUCAACAAUAACCAAAUAUUUCUAUUGGAAGAAUACAACAGAAAUGAUUAUUUAACUGUUGACAAUGAUGCAAUCAGAACAGCUGUUGAAUAUAAUGAAUUAAAUGCUUUUUUAACCAAAUUACAUGAUAAUUCUUUAGUGUAUGAAUUGAGAUUUCGUGUAAAAUCUUUUGGUUUAACGUCUGUUAGCGAACCAUCCAAUGAAAUAAUCAUUAAACACCCUUUAUUACCAUCCAUCUUAAAUGCACUCAACCAAACUCUUCAUUAUGAACGUUAUCUUAUAUACAAAGCAAUUAGACAAGCAUAUUUUGAAUCAUUAGAAAAUUAUGCACAAAAUUCUAUUCAUGUAAAAUUACAUGAUAUUAAUAUGACAACAUUGAAAAACUCUAGCAUUUUCAGUCCUAAUUAUUUAACAAAUGAACAAUUUCGAACUCAUUGGUAUGUGUUUUGCCUAAUUUUUAUUUCAUUACUGAUUAUAUUAAUUCUAACGUUUAUAUUAUUAAGAAAAUCAUUCAAAAAAAUUAAAAUACAAUUACAAAGCAAGAGAAAGAAGAACACGAAGAAGUCCGUAAAUCAGUAUCAUCAACAGCAUAUUGUUGCAACAUCAUCAUCUAAUGUGCAUAUUUUAAAUAAUCAAUAUCAAGCAAAUCAGACAUCUCUGUGCAAUUCAUUUGAUUUAUAUAAUUCAAAUUAUGUACUCAAUGAAUUCACACAGAAAUCAAUACCGAUCGAUGAUGGCAAAUUAGAUGCAUGCAUGAAUCAUGAUUGCUGUGAUUGUAAAUUUGAACAUUUAAAUCAUUAUUUGAAUUCACAACAUCCUGAACAACAUUCAAUGAACACAACAGUUUUCAAUUCAAAUCAUUCACUUGAAUGUCAAGUACAAACUGGACAUGUGAAUUGUGAUCAAGUAUAUUUAAUUUUAUCUAGUUGUAAAAAUUCAGCUUAUUAUUCUCCGGACACUAAAAAAAAUCCACAGAUAAUUGGUAUAGAAAAUACAAAUUUAGAAAAUGUUUGGAAUACUGAAGAUGUAGCAGAGGAAACGGAUAAUCAUUUAACAAACAAACAUUAUGCAGUGAUGACACCUGAAUUUUUGAGGUACGUUAACAUCUACCUGAAUAAUUUUGCAUUUAUCGUACAUGAUGGAACUAAAAUUUAUGCGCAAACCAAUUUGAUGUCGGAAUAUGUGGACCCCCUACAUCAAACUAUCAUAAAACAUACACUGAAUGAACCAGAAAGCAUCGUACCAUGUAAAUGCUUACAAGCUUCUAGCUUAACAUUAUACUCACCACGUUCAAAUCGUUUGCCAUCAAAAACGUUUCAUACCUCAUCAAAAUGCUACUGUACUGAAUAAGUUCAAACUAUUCACUGUGUAGAACAACCGCAUCAAUGUAACUCCAAGUAUGCAUCACUAUCAGGAUCACAUCCGGAAGCAAUGUUUAUAGUUACAAAGUAAACAGAUUAUUCAAAAGUUGAAGUAAAGACCAGAUAAAUAUUUUCAAUGCUCAAAAAUGACUACUUCAGAUUUCACAACGUUAUUUUUAUGUUUUUCUACUGUUUUCUUUUAGUAUGAUUUUGGUUUUAGUUUCCAUAUUUCUUCUCAUCUCCAAUGAUUAUAAAACAAUAUUUACAAUUGUAAAGAAAAUUAAAU